AUGGGAAAUUUCGAUCUUGUCGACUUAGACAACGACUAUUUCCUAGUUAAACUCGACAAGGAGGAAGACUACACAAGAGUUCUCACUGAACUUACUGUUCAUUCGUGGAGUAGAGAGUUUUCAACUGUCGAAAGAUACUCAUCAAAAGUGAUAGUUUGGGUUAGGUUAUCAAGAUUACCAUAUAGAUACUACACCAAGAUGUUGUUAAGAUCCAUAGCUAGCUUGAUCGAAAGAGUUAUUAGAGUCGACUACAACACAAACGCUGGUGAAAAAGGCAGAUUUGCUAGGAUAGCAGUGGUGGUCAAUCUAAAUAAACCCUUAAUUCCAUGUAUCAGUGUUGAUAACUUCAACCAAAAGACAGGGUAUGAAGGUCUGCAACAAAUAUGUUUCAACUGUGGGAUUUAUGGCCAUGCAAAAGAGAACUGCAAUCUCAGGAAAGAAGGAAUGCAGACAAAUGACAAAGUUAACCCACCACCUCAGAUUGAGGAAAAUCAGAUGGAAAGGAUUGAAAACCCAUCAACUCAGCGAGAGAACCAAACCUCCACAAAGAAUGAAAUCAUUUUCGGUCUGUGGAUGGUGGUGACAAAUGAACCAAGAAGACCAAGAAGAAAAAAUACGCAAGAAAACAAGGAAGAAGAGAAUGGGAACCAGAAAUCUAAGUUUGCUCCACUAGAAGAUUCUAAUUACUUAACUGAGAAAUCCAAAAAGAGGCGGAAGAGUUACAAACCGAUCAAAUAUCCCAUGAAAUGA